GGACGGGGAACGGGCGGCCAGCGCUGGGCGGCUCAAGCCGGUCGCCAGAAAAGUCCGCCACGAGUCGCUCGAUUCCCAAGCUGGCUCACGAACUCAUACGCGCCAACCUGGAGGCCAACGCCCUUGGCGUUCCUCAACAGCAAGAUGGGCGGUUAUAGUCGCAGGAGAUGAAGAUAAAAGGCCCCGUUCUCCCGACACCGAGAUCUAUGAGACCCGACGCAGCAACUUUCCAUCCCUAACCAUCAAGCCCAAGACUCGCAGCCAAUCUUAGUCCUACUCUAUCUUCGCUCACGCUCGUCAUCCCAUCGCCGGCACAAUGUCGUUCAACAGGGUUAUCGCCAAGAAGGUACUCGGGCACGUCGUUACCCCCGGCGGGAAGAGGCUGGUACUCUCCGCCGCGACCAAGACCACAGCCUGGGAGAGGCCCGACUUCGCUGCGGACGCGAUGAAGGCACCGUUGGAGGAAGCGGUGGUGGCUAACGAAUCGGUCCUCCCCACCAACACGGCCGAGGUCAUCCUACGGUAAUGCCAUCGAGAUCCGAAUCCGCAGGACGUCUGCUAACCGACAGCUAGUGAGGGCGACCACACAAGCGCUUCCGAUGCCAGCUCGCAUAUCACCGCGGUCUGCAUGGACAGCAGCGGGAACUUCAUCAAGUCGGUUCAUCUUUCUACCAGCAAGUGACACCUCUGGGCCACUACGGCC